GUCACGCUGCUCCAUUUGUUGUGAAUUUAACAACAGCUGAAUAAUAAGCAUAUUUGGUAAAAAGACAAUUAUGCGAUUUCCCGCAGCUAGCUUAUAGCGCCCCCACCACCCCGUGAUUGCCAUGCCAAGAGGGGAACCCGCCGAGGAGUCGCCACUUAUCCCGCAGCCAAGCAAAGCGCUCGAGCGCCCGGACAAAGCAGCCCCGAAUAAUAAGUAAUUCCGUGGAAAAGCACAUUACGAAGAUGUCGACGGAGGAACAUGUGUGGCGAGCGCAUGUUGUGAGGCGAUUACGCGAACGCAACCGCAAGGAGUGCGAGAAUUUCAAGGAAAUAAUCGAACAAAACAACCGCCUGAUCGACCAUGUCGCACAGCUCAAGUCGGACAACCUGAAGCUGUCCGUGGAGAACGAGCAGCUACGCAGUGCGGUGUCAACAGGUGGCACCGGCUCCAAUGUGGCCAUUGCCACGCUUGAGAAGAAGCUGCUCAGCCAGCAGGAGGAGCUAACGGAGCUGCACAAGCGGAAGGGCGAGAACUCGCAGAUGAUCGUGGACCUCAACCAGAAGGUGGAGCAGCAAAGGAUCUUGAUAUCCGAAAGGGAAAGGAGCCUCGCCGAACAGCAAACGAACAACAAUCGAUUGCGGGCCGAAGUGCAGCUACUUCAUUCGAGUUUGGAGGAGCUCAAGAAGCUAAACAACACCAUGCUGGAUGAGCAUACAGCCCUGCAGUUGGCGUUUAGCUCACUUGAGGAUAAAAUGCGAGGCGUACAGGAUGAAAAUCGGUGUCUGCUGGAGCGUCUCAUGCGUUACAAGUCCAAGGAUGCCGACAAGUUGAACGAGGAGAACGAGAGCAUUAUAAGGAAACGUUCGGCCAAACUGAAACGUGACCUUGAGGACGCCGUCCGCGAGCCCAGUUCAUCGUCCGGCAACGUUCCAGCAUCGCCGUCGCCCGGUGCAGCAUCGCUGCAACGCAACUCCACCAGUCCUGCCCAGUUCAUUGGCGGAAUCAUUGGCGACGAGGACUUCGACGAGGCGACAAUAAAUGGAGCCAUGGAAGCCAUAGGUCUCGAUGAUAAUGAAUAUAUUAGCGCUCGUUUUACAGCAGGCGGCGGGUGCGAGGUUGGUGACCUAACAACCCGAUCUUCCAUCGAUGCCCUGAAGGCCACGGGCUAUAUGGGUCAGGCCAAUCCGACCAAGAUCCUAAUGAAAUUUGAGGCACAUGAAAACGAAUCGCAUGCGGUGCGCUGGAGUCCCGUAGAGCGUAUGGUGGCCACUGGUGGUGCGGAUCGCAAAGUGAAACUCUGGGAUAUUGGCAAAAAUUCCACCGAGCCACGUGCCGUUCUAAGCGGUAGCAGUGCCGGCAUCAAUUCUGUGGAUUUCGAUUCCACCGGCGCCUAUAUAUUGGGCACCUCCAAUGACUACGGUGCUCGGGUAUGGACGGUGAUGGAUAAUCGACUAAGACACACGCUGACGGGUCACAGUGGCAAAGUAAUGGCCGCCAAAUACGUCCAAGAGCCGAUUAAAGUGGUGACCGGAAGCCAUGAUCGCACUCUAAAGAUCUGGGACUUGCGCAGCAUCGCCUGUAUAGAGACCAAAUUCGCGGGAUCGAGCUGCAACGAUCUGGUGACCACCGAUAGCCUGGGAUCCACGAUCAUCAGCGGGCACUAUGACAAGAAGAUUCGAUUCUGGGACAUACGCACCGAGAAGCAGGCAGACGAUGUCCUGAUGCCGGCCAAAAUAACGUCUUUGGAUUUGUCAAAGGAUUGCAAUUACCUCAUAUGCUCUGUAAGAGAUGAUACCAUUAAAUUAUUAGAUUUACGCAAAAAUCAAGUUAUAUCCACGUUUACAAACGAACACUUUAAAAUCAGCUGUGAUUUCGCUCGGGCUUCCUUCAACUCGAGCGGCCUAAAGAUCGCGUGUGGAUCAGCGGAUGGCGCCAUAUAUAUUUGGAAUGUGAAUGGUUUCCUAGAAACUACUCUCAAGGGGCACAGCACUGCGGUAAAUGCCGUCAGCUGGAGCCCCAACAACAAUAUGCUGGCCUCUGUUGGCAAGAACAAGCGAUGCAUUAUCUAUUCGGAUUCGUAGCCCUAAAUGAUGUUGCCAUAAUAAUCGUCGUCGAGUCAGUGUCGGUUCCAAAUUACUGAAACGCUUAUAUAGUCAGAGACAAAGCGCCAUGCGGAGGAGAGUCUGCUGUAAAUAUAUAUAGUAAAGGCGGUUGGCGAAUGGCAAAGAUUUACUCUUGAAAAAUAAUACGUUAAAAGCAGAGUACUGGGCCGAGUGUCGAUUUUACGACUGCGAUGGUGAUAUAUGAUCUUCCAUUUACUGCCUGCCACCUGUGCUGCUGCCACCUCAGGCAGCAGUAAUGCUCAUUCGGGCAGAGCUCUUAUGCAUCCUUCGAACGUGAUGUAUUUUAAUUUCUGCAUAUGUGAUCAAUUCUUGGCACGAAUGCUGGAACAGAGCUCUGGGCAGAAGGAGAACAGAGCAGAGCACAAGAGGACCAAUUAUUUCGUAUGCUGACGGAGCACAAUCGACACUGGGGAAUCUCUAAUUGAGCGAGGAAAAUAGCCACGGCACCACCAUCAUUACAAAUCUAACAUUAUGUUCUAUAGAAGAACCACAACUUAGCGCUAAGUACCGCAGCGAUAUAAAAUCUCCGUGGCGCUCUCAAGUACGAGUGUGGUACCUACUUCAAGUAUAUAGUGUCGUUGAAGAUGCAAUGCUAAGUAAAUUAAUUGAGAGGAAUUCCGUCAACUGCCAGGAGGCAACGAAGAGUGAGCUCUGCGAUGAGGAUGGUAGGAUGAGAGGAUGAGGUGACAGGCGGACAGGAGUCACUUUCCCGUAUGCAAGCAAAGCCAGCAAGUGAGCGUUCCUCCAGUAGAUAAAGAUACAAAUCUGCACGAAGCCUGUUUCCUGUUGUGCCGAGGGUGCAUUUAUUUGCAUGAUUCACACAGCUGCUGCUGCUGGAUCUUCAUACAGGUGUACCAUCCGCAUGGCCAUAAUGAAGAUGGGACGUUGAGUCGCGUCGCCUCGCUGGGAAACCUGGGGGAAACGAGCACGACAUUUGGACCUUCCUUUCUGCUGCCCACAUGGAAAAGUGAAUCGCUGCCUCGACUCGUAGUCGGAGUGUGUGUCGUGCAUUUUGGGCGACUCUAAGUGAGCAUGUUCCUGGAAAUCCAAGGCCCUUGAGUCGCCUUUUACAGUUGUGGCUGCAUUUUAAGUUUUAUUGAAGUAUAAAUAAUAAUUCGCAGGUGUCUGCAUUCCAAGCCUUGAUUCGCA